UCUUUCCCUCCUUGAAAGCUGCUUUUUAUUUAAGCUCAUAACCGCUCAAGCUCGACAAAACAAAAACUCAGGCUUUGCUUCUCUCACUGUCCAAACAAAAACAAUAAAAAAAAACCCCAAGUUUUUUUUUACGAAGACCAUGCUUUCGAAGGUGAACAGCGGUGUCAUUUGGCCGGAAGACAAAGGAGACGAACAAAACGACAGUGUUGUAAUGGAAAACAAAGAAAUGAUGGGUUCUUUGUCUUCGUUCAAAUCCAUGUUAGAUGACGAAUGGUACGUUCCGAACAACAGUAUUUCAAGCCAUCAUCAUGAUAUCGGGGACCUUUCGUUUCCAAAUAAUCUCUUGCUGCACCACCAUCAUCUGCAACAGCAGCAGCAGCAUCCAGUGGAUUCUACCUCUUCUUGUUCACCAUCUUCCACUGUUUUCAACAAUCUCGACCCAUCUCAGUUACACUUCUUUUUGCAGCCAAAACCAGGUUCAUAUUCGUUCCUCAAUGUCGUUUCCAACAACCCAUUAGACCACGGGUUUGGUUUGGGCGAAAUCGGUUUCCUUGACAACCAAGCAAGAAACGCUAGUUCUUUGUUGAGCAGGGAAAAUUCUGGGGUUUUGGGUGGUUUCACUGAUUUAAUCGCUGGGAAUCAGAUAGACACUGCUAAUUCGGGUUCCGGAUUCACGGGUUUUCAAGGGUUUGUUGAGAAUCCUGGGAAUUCUCUGUUUUUAAAUAGGUCUAAAUUGCUAAGACCACUGGAUAGCUUUCCUUCUGUCGGAGCACAGCCGACUCUGUUCCAGAAAAGGGCGGCUUUGAGGAAGAAUUUGGCCGAUAAUGGAGGGAAUUUCGGGGUUUUGGUCGGAGGAAAGGUUAAUGCUUCGAAUGGAACCGAGGGGGAUAAAGAGAAUGAAAAGAAGAAAAUUUGCAAAAGAGAUGAUUUGGAAGAUGUUAGCAUUGAUGGUUCAGCUUUGAAUUAUGAUUCUGAUGAGUUCACCGAGACUUACAAGGCUGAGGAAACUCCCAAAAAUGGUGGGAACACCUCGAAUGCAAACAGUACUGUCACCGGAGGAGAUCAAAAGGGUAAAAGGAAAGGGCUUCCUGCUAAAAACUUGAUGGCCGAGAGGCGCCGUCGGAAGAAACUCAACGAUCGGCUUUACAUGUUGCGAUCGGUUGUUCCGAAGAUCAGUAAAAUGGAUAGAGCUUCUAUCCUAGGGGAUGCCAUUGAGUACCUAAAGGAACUUCUGCAAAGGAUCAAUGAUCUGCAUAACGAAUUAGAGUCGAACCCCGGAAGCUCUUCGGUCACACCUACAACCAGUUUCCGUCCUUUGACUCCCACUCCGGCUACCUUGUCCUGUCAUAUCAAGGAUGAACUUUGCCCUAGUUCAUUACUGAGUCCCAACGGGCAACCGGCAAGGGUUGAAGUGAGGCUGAGAGAAGGAAAAGCUGUGAACAUCCACAUGUUUUGUGGGCGCAGACCUGGUCUUUUGCUCUCCACGAUGAGGGCUUUGGACAGCCUUGGGCUCGACAUCCAGCAAGCGGUCAUUAGCUGUUUCAAUGGCUUCGCCAUGGAUAUCUUUCGAGCUGAGCAAUUCAAGGAAGGGCCGGACGUCCACCCUGAGCAGAUCGAAGCCGUGCUUUUGGAUUCAGCUGGCUUCAACAACAUCAUUUAGUGUUCUCUCUAUCUG